AGUUACAAGGAGGAGACGUGUGUGCGUGUGUGUGUGUGUGCAUCUUGGGAGAGUGUGUGUGUGUGUGUGUGCAUUAAAAUAAGCGUGAGGGUGGAAAGUUAACCAAAAUAUGAAGUAAAACCAAAUGAAUUACAGUGAGAGAUGCAACUGAGGAGACAUUGGUAGAGGGAGUUGACAUAGAAAGUUAGUGCAAAUAUACAACCAGGCCAUUGAAGUGAACUUAGCAGAAAGAAAAGAACAAUAUGCAAGGUUAUAGAACAUUGAAGAGAGGAUAAAAGAGCAGGAAAAAUUGGGUGAAGGAAGGGAUUGCAAAUAGUACACUUCAUCCCUCGCCACCAGCGCCUCCUCUACCAUGGCCAUCAGCAACACGGUUAAAUAUGCCUAUGGAGUCGGUCACGUGUUCAAUGACCUCUGUGCCUCCAUGUGGUUCACCUACCUCCUCGUCUACCUGCAUUACGUCCUUCAGCUUGGGCGCACACUGUCUGGGUUCCUGCUGAUGAUGGGGCAGUUAGCCGACGCCGUGGCCACUCCCGUCAUCGGCCUGCAGAGCGACCGGGGCACGGAGAUUUGUGGCUACGGCAGGAGGAAGAGCUGGCAUGCCGUGGGGUCGCUGUGUGUGUUGGUCACCUUCCCGAUCAUCUUCAUUGUGUGUGAUGAGUGUUUUCAGGCGAUGAACUCUGGGUACAUCCUCCUCCUGCUGGUGGCUGUAUGUGUGUUCCAGUUUGGCUGGGGGGCCGUGCAGGUGUCCCACAUGGCCCUCUCCCUGGACCUUACCGAGAGGGAGAGCGAGAGGGAGGAGCUCAAUUUGAUAAGGUACAUCUUCUGCGUCUCCAGCGAGGUCACUGUGUCGUUCGUGGCCUGUGUGACCUUCAUGACCUUGGGCACCCCUGGAGACACCACUAUCAACCCAGGGGACUCCUACAGCUUUGAGGUAAUCACACUAACCAUCGUGGCCAUGGGUGUCAUAUUCUCGGGACUCUUCCACGCCCUCACCCCGGAACGCCCGACACCUCCCGCUCCCCCGUCGCUGCACCCCGCCACCCCCAGCACGAGGCGACGAGGGGAGUAUCAUCGCGUGGACGGCUCCCCCCGGUACCCCUCGGCCUCCACCAGUCAGGGCGGGGGUGGGUUGGCGGGUGACGAGGCUCCAUCCGUGACGCCUGCCUUUCCUGGUCGUCCUCAGAGGUGUUGGCGGGACUGGUUGAGGGAUGCGCGGUUUUACGAGCUGAGUCUUCUGUACACAGCCUCACGCCUCAUCGGUAACCUGGCCACCAUCUACACCCCAAUCUACGUCGCUGAGACCCUGCAUGACCGAAAGAUGAUUGCGUUGGUGCCCCUCAUCAUGUCCCUGUCUGGUGUCGGCGCGUCCUUCCUCCUCAGGGCACUCAAAAGACACAUCGGCAAGAAGGGCAGUGUGGCGGUGGGUGUGGUGGUGGGUGCGGGGGCGUGCGCUGUGGCUGCCCUCCCCGGCCUGUCCCCGUGGGUGAUGCUGGGGCUGGCAUCACUGUGGGGGGUGUCCGGCUCACUCAUGGUGCUGGUAACACUGUACAUGGCCUCAAACCUCAUCGGACAGCAUACAGACUCCGCAGCGUUCAUCUACUGUGGGAUGGGCUUUGCGGACAAGAUUACUAAUGGGUUUGCUGUUCUUCUUAUCCAGGGACUGACCAGAGUCGGAUGUUACGGCGACGACUGCUCCGAGUAUUACCGCUGGGUCAUGAGUGUGGGCCUGCUGCUGCCCCUCCUGCUGGCUGUCAUCGCCCUGGCCCUGCUCAACAAGGACAGGCUCAGCAGACACCUCCAGCACCACAGGACGCCUCUGCUGGUGGUCCGCCAUCACAUGCACGAGGACGACGAUGCCUUGCUCUCGUCCACGUCAUCUUGCUCCAGCGAUGGCAUGCUGCUGACCCCCGGCAUCACCCUGGGCUACGGCACCAUCACCAAGGUCUGAAGGGACGUCGCCAACAGGAAAUGCACGCUAUAUAUUAGGUUCAUGCCGGGGGGUUAAGCAUGUAAAUUUCCUCUAUUGCACAUAAAAAAAGGUAUAUAAUGUGCAUCUUACCAUGAGCUAGAUUUACCACCAUAUACACCAAUAAUGUGACUGGACUCUCACGGGCUAUUAGUGGGAUCUGAUGCCCUGCCUGCCAACAGAUACUAAGCAGUUUCCUUACUCAGCUAGGACCCAGGGAUACAGCUCAAGGGAAGGGACUAUAGUCAUGAUAUAUGAAAGUUAUAUUAAGCAGUUUCCUUACUCAGCUAGGACCCAGGGACAGGGACGUGCACAGGUAGGUUGCCCAGGUUGUCUGAGCAACUGC